AUGUAUGAUGGUAGUUUGAAAGAGGAAGAACUUUUGGAUUGGAUAGCAGCAAUGGAUGCUUAUUUUGAUGGAGAAGGCAUACCUAAUGAACAAAAGGUAAGAUUGGCAAAGACAAAACUCAAGGGACAUGCACUCCUAUGGUGGGAUCAUGAAGAAGCUAAUAGAAGAAAGAGAGGAAAGACCAAGGUUACUUCUUGGGAUCAGAUGGUCGCUAAACUAAAAGGUAAUUUCCUUCCUAAAGACUAUGAAAUUCAAUUGAAUAAGAGAUUGCAAGGGUUAAGGCAAAAGGAACAAGAUAUUAAGGCAUAUACUGAUGAAUUUUUAAAGUUGAAUAUAAGGUCUGGUAGAGAAGAAGAUGAAGUUGUUAAGGUUACUAGAUACCUAGGAGGUUUGAGAUUUAAUAUUCAAGAUGAUUUGGUUGUGGCUAACCCCAGUAAUGUCAAGGAAUGUUAUCAAUUAGCUCUCAAGGUGGAAGAAAAUAUGAAGAGAAGACAAGAUAAGGCUAUAAGAGGUAGAGGCAAUAGAAAUGGUAGGGGUAGAGGUACAUUUUCUUCACAUAAACCAAACAAUGAGGAAGAAGGUGAUGUAAAUAAAGGUAAAGUGCAGUCAUUUUCUAAUUUUAGAGGUGGUUUUGGUGGUAAUAGAGGUAUAUUUGGUAGGGGUUUUAACCAAUUUUCAGGGAGAUGUUAUAAUUGUAAUGAGUAUGGGCAUCCUUCUUUCAAAUGUCCUGAGAAGGGAGCAGCAUCAUCAUCAUCCUCUAGAAGGGUUGCAUAUGCUCAAGAGGAAGAGGUUAGUGAUAGUCCAUAG